CCGGUGCGCGAGAACCGACUCGUAUGCGCGUCAAUUUAAUCGUCAAAGCCAAACUACAAGGUCUGUAAAAAUAAAAAAAUAAAACAAUAAAAUAAAAACCUAGAUCGUUUGAAACGGAUAAAACAAAAAAAGCUGAGCGAAUGAUACUCGUUCCUGGACCCGCCAACGCGUAAGUCUCGUCGCGUUGCGUGUGACGAUGGAAGAACCAGAUUCGCGUAAAUCAGUGUCUUGCGGCAGGGAAGGGCCGUACUAUUCGACGCUGAACCGACCCGGCAGGUCUCCGUCGACCAGGUCCACCCCGUGCAGGUCUACCUCGCGCAGAUCUACCCCGGGCCGGUCCGCAUCGGGCAGAUCUACUUCGGUGUGCAGCAGAUCUACCACGGACAGGUCGACGACCCCCGAAGCGCCGCCGGUGCCGCCGGCCACCUAUCACUGGGAGGAAGUGAGAAGAAAACGGUCGGUGGGCGGAUAUCCGUGGACGCAUCUCAACAAACCGCCGUUCGAUGAAAACACCUGGGUGAAGUAUGAAAGGGAUCACGUAUACGAACCUGUCACGCCAGCAGCGAGCACUGACCGGAUAUCUCCGCCCGCUGUUAAUCCAAUAAAAGAUGAUAACCGUCAUUUUCUACGUAUACCAUUGACAGAAGAACUCGUAAUGGCCGACGACACGGGUUCGGAACCUGAAAAUGAACAACAACAUCWAGAACGAMGACUUAACAGAAAAGAAGAAGACAACGAAGACGAUGAAGAAGACGACGACGAAGAGGAUAAUGACGAUGACGACGGAAAUGUCGACAAAAAAAACAUAAGAUCCGACGAAUCGAUUUAUGAGGGUGAAAACGAAAACUCGUCUUUGGGUGAUGUAGAAUCCGGUAAUACGCGUAUGAAGGUGUUCCAACAAAAAGUCAAAGUCAAAGCAGACAUACUACGCACCAAGUUGCAGGGGGUGACUAAAAGAAAGCCCAAGCAAAAAAUAGUCGUUGACACGCCAAACGGCGAAAAGUCUCGCCGCAAGUUUGGCCAGUUCGCCACUCUGCCGAAAAAGUUCACAUUCAAUGCACCCAAAGUGAACUUCUCCACGGCCUUUGGGCACUUCUCCCGAAGAUCCGUGGACCCAAAUGAAUCUAGUACUGAUGAAACGAAGAGUAUUCGGGACGAGACGAAGAAUGGUCGGGAAGAGACGAAGAUUGGUCGAUUUUCGCUGCCACGUUUUGGAUUAUCCAGGACGUCGUCAGAAUCUCCGAAACCGUCAAAAUCCGCAAAAAUCGGUGGCUCCCGGCUGUCUAUACCGGGUUUCCGGGCGCGCACUUGGUCGGAUGCGUCAAAAGUGUCAAAGCCGGAAAGUCCUAAACCUCGGAUAAUGGAUUUCGGCACGUACCCGAGAAUUUUUUCCAAACGUAGGAAAACCAACGCGGCGAACAAAGCAAAAACGCCGCCACCGUCGUCCGACGGAGGAGAACCAGAAUCGAACAACUACAAGCGGAAGGACUCUUUCCAUCGGCGUUUCUUUCGGUCACAUAAAGAGUCAACACCGGCUCCGACGGAAGAACAGACUGCCACGCUGGCUGUGGAAGAAGAGCUGGACGAGCCACCACUGCAGGUAUCCAAAGAAUCACUGGCCGAAUUCGGGGACAGCGAUCUACAGGAAGUGAUAUCGCUAAGCGACGACUGYAGCAGAUCAAAGGACACGAAGAGCUUGUACGAGCACCGAUCGGGCGUGAUCGAGGAGAUUGAUUCUGACGAAUUUUUCCUGCGCGAAAAAGGUCUGAGUCGUGGUAAUGUGCACAUCAGCAAUUAUCUGUCGUCGGAGAUCAGAGACGUGUUCCGGUCGAACCGGACACGGUCCGUGGAAGGCGUUAAUGACAAUGGCAACRGMGGAAUCACCAGAAACAACCGCGACUCCAGUAGCGGUAUCGCCACGCCCGUUAGACCGUCGCGGACYAAUUCGUUGAGAAGACCUAACCGGCAAACUGCAACUGAAGCGAACACCGAGCGAUCCUAUGUCGCUGAUCGGUUCAGCACGAUGCCGAAAUCGUUUGGCGGCACCAAGUCGUUAAAGAAACCGGAAGACGACAUGCCCGAGAACAUCAUCACCAGUCAGACGUUUGAACCGUCGCAAAAUCCAGUGCUCCCUUCCGGAGUGCCCUGGAGGACUUCCAGUAGGCAGACUGUCGCCGCCACCGUCACACACAUGCCGCCUAAACCACCGACCAGACAACGUAUGUCCAAGUUUUCCUCGUUUGACACGCGGUCGAUGAUUGAUUUGUCCAGAAAGAGAAGCCAGUCACAAAUCGGAUUCCAGCAGUCAAUGAACUUUUCGGAGACCGUGCCAAAAGCACCGAUGCGUCGGUCCAGGACUUCGUUGGCCGGUUCCGACCACGAUAUUUCGGUGGCGGUGGCCGAUUGUGGCAGCCGGCCACUGUGGGCCGUCAACGGCAGUGGUGCAGGAGUGCCGACGCCGCCAUUGCGCCGUUCGCGGAUGUCGCUCUCGGCGGACGCGGACGUCGAGGAGCGGUCGGCGACGGCCGCCGCGGUAAAUGGUAAUAUGUCCGCGAGGUCCGCCGGCUCCACGCCUCCUCGGCCACCCCCGCCGCGGACGACGACGACGACGACGACAACGUAUUCCGCGGUCGCGGGUUACGCGACGGUGGACAAGUCGUCGCAAUCAUCCGCGACACUGCUGUUACCGCCACAGUCACCGAUGCGGCACAGACGUAAAAAAUCAUACGACGUGAUCAAAAGCCAAGAGUUUGGAGCGUUUUUCACCAUACCGAGGUCGUACAGCUACAGCGAUAGGAAUGCGAGACCGUCAACGACUGCAGAAGAUACCUCAUCCAUCACCGCUAAACUGCCGCCGCCRUCGAGACCGGCGCGUGCCUACAACACUCUGGGACCGUCUCGACCACUCCGGCGCCGGUUACCGGUCAGCGAACACGAGUACGGCGACGUGGCCGAAAACGGCAGUGGCGGCCACCACAAUGACGAGGACCGCGACCACGACAGAACCGACGGGACGGCCAAAGCGGCGGCGGCGUUGUGUUCGGGCGACGUGAUCGAAAAGAUGAAACUUCGGCCGUUGCCGUCGCCGCCACCACCGCCGCGCAAGUCCAGAGCGGCCGACGACACUGGCACGCCCGAACCCCAACGGCGCAGGAACACCGAUUCGGCCCUGGUCCCUUUUUUAGAUCGGCGAGAAACGUCUGCAACAUCGUCUAACAACGAUUUCUUUGCCGACGUUUCUCGUGCGCUCCUCGCGUCUGCCGCCAAAAACGCCGUUGUUACCCGCGCCGACGAUGACGUGUCCGUGGCCGUCCAGACCGACCCGUCGCCAGCGGCUGCUAAUGGUUACGCGUCGGACGGCCACCGCGACGAUGGAUCCUGCUGUUCGGCCGAUUCGUACGACCGACCGUCAAAGUCUACUGCAGCAGCAGUCGGAUCUGCAACGUGCCGAAAUCUCACUCCGAACACCCUGACCGCCACUGACCGACCCAGGACUCGGUCGUCGUCUCAGGUCACCGAGUACGUCGACCGGCCGACGUCCAGCAUGUCGGUAACCGCGGCAGACGACUGCAGCUGCAACGGUUACGCCAUGGUGUCCGACGCGACCGCUACGGGCGGCGUCACUGCAGUGCGUGCGCAACGCAUAACCGUCGAGGAACUGCAAGUGGGCAGGAUGAUCGUGGCCGACAUACUCGGCCAGCGCAUGGCCGUCGACGAAACGUCCGGAUCGAGUCUGAAGGUCGCUCAAUUCGCCGCGGCGGCUCAGCAUCCGUCUCUGCUGCGGGACGCCGCUGCCGCCGUUCAAGCCGCGCCCGCAGAUGCAUCAGACGACCCGAUGACAGCGCACGUGCCGCAGCUGCAGGACGACACCGCGUCGGUUCAAUCUUCGCGCGUGUCGUCCAUGUACCCGGAAGUGGAUUCGGACGAGGAUCGGGCCAGCGUGUUGGCCGCGCCCACGCCGCCGCGCCGACGCAGCAAGCCUCCGUGCUCGCCCCGUUCGGCCGCCGCCGCCGACCACCACGGCCAGGGCAAGAACGGCAGACCAUCGGGAACCGUCGGCGCCGCCGACCUGUCCACCGCCGACCCGUCCAUCACCGAACUCAGCUGUCAGCUGUUCCGGUUGUGUCACUCGAACGUGUGCAGCCUGUUCACCAAAGUCGUCCAGCAGGUGGUGCCGGAGGACACGGAGAAGCGGCGCGACCUGCAGGCCGCCCUGUGCUUCCUGAGCAUCAUACUCGCCGGCCUACUGAUCCUGGGCUUCGGUAACGAGAAGACCAUCCAUCACCACCACUGGGACUUUCAAUUUCCACCCAAUCAGUAGCCAGUCUCGCCUCCCCGUCGGGAGUCGUUUUACGACGCAGCUGUUGUUAUUAUUUGUUAUUGUUGCUAACCGGUCGUUGUUUCUCUUUAAGUUUUGCAUUUCGAUAUUUUGGGCGUAUGUAAUUUGCGCCACUUUUUAAAUUUGUAAUUUGCGCCAAAUAAAAUUAAAUAAAAAGGAAUUAUGUAAUCUGUGCCCUAGAGUACCUACUAAAAUUGUAAUUUGCGCCACUUAUAUWAUAAUWAWAUAAAUAACUCGAUGUUUAUUAAAUAUGUAAAUUAUCGUUAAGUAAUAAAACAUAUUAUUAUAAAAAUCAGUCAUAUUAAACUCGUAAUUAUUAUAAAUACAUGUAURUAAAAAAUCAAACUCCAUGCAUGUUAAACAUCUAAAUUGUCGUUAAUUAAUAAAACAUAUAAAAAUCAGUCAUAUAAUUAUAAAUAAUUCGACGAUAUUGAGACGAUAUGUGACACGCGUCGGACGCAUCGGUACGUAUUAUUGUAUAUGUCCUAUUAUGCGAUAUCACUAAAUUUAUCUGCUGGUAAAUUCCAACUGCUAUUAAAGUUGAAAGUGUGACGCAAAUUACAUAUUCCAUUUUGUUUUCUUUAGUGGCGC